GUUGCUGAAGGUCUUCCGAGGGGGUGGAAAAAGAAUCGGCAGAGAGAAACUUGGGGGGCAGCGCGAAAAAGGAAAACAAACGGAGGGGUUGACGUGACGUGAGAAAAAAAGUCGGUGGAAGAGGAAAAACGGUGUGAAGAAUGAACAAAGUGAUAGAUCAACGGAAGAAGAAAAAAAAGUGAAAAAGUGCAAAAGGAUAUUGGAGUAGUAUAUCGAAACGCGCAUUUCGGUAUUUGAAUACCGCCAACAGAUCGACGAUAUGAUUCUGUGACGAGGAAUUACUGAGCGGUGCGUUGAUCACGCUCGAUCACUUUGAUUUCCAUGAUCGCGAUUCACCAUUCGGUCUAAAGUCUUCAAGGAGAGCUUCCGCAAGUUUCAACGGUCCAGCGCAGUCUUCUUCAACGCUGUGUCGCUUGCGCGUCGCGAAAUUCAAUCUCAGCGUUUAGAGAUCGCUCGCUCGCGAUCCAUCUCUCAUCUUUGGAAAUCUGUCUUGAAAAAAAGGAAGAUGCGCCGUCCGGACUCCGGAUUCAACUAAAGCUCUUCGAAGGAGGAAAGAAAGGAAUCCACCGUUGGAUCAGUGUGCGUUCAGACAGUGCGGGUGGAUGUAUGACGACAACAACAACGUUCGUUCCUUGGUGAUCGGUGUUGCUAUGAUCGUGCCGCGUUGGUCCUGUCACGUGGAACGAUCAUGAUUUACUUUAGGCCGCACGACGGUAGGAGUCUACGGUACAACGCGAACGCGAGACACUUGAACGUGCUCGUCGUGCCGCUCUUUCCGCUCUGGAUUAUCGGCGCGUUCUGCGUGAAGGACAUACCCAUAUCACACAUCGUGGCACUGGUCGGAGAUUCUGCCUAUCUUCCCUGCGACAUAUCAACCACUCACGAAGGGGACUCCGUGCAUCUUGUGCUCUGGUAUCGCGAGGAUCUCGGUACAUCAGUUUACAGUAUUGACGCCAGGAACCGGGAAUUUGGAGUUGCUGAAAGAUGGUCGGACAACAGCGUAUUCUCGAAUCGCGCCUAUUUUAUGCUGGACAAGCAACCAGCACAGCUAGGCGUCGAGAACACGAGAGAAGAAGACGCCGGUAUCUACAGGUGUCGUGUCGAUUUUCAAAUUGGCCAGACGAGAAAUUCCAAAGUCAAUUUAACAGUUAUUGUACCACCGCGCAAGAUCACGAUUGUCGACGAGAACGAGAACAGACGAGACACAAUGGUCGGACCGUAUAUGGAAGGCGCUAAUCUAAGGCUCUUCUGCGACGUCCAUGGCGGUAAACCGGCCCCAAUGGUGUCUUGGUAUCGCAACGACAGAUUCGUCACAAAUCGGACCACAAUGCCAAACAGUGGUGUGACACGUAGCGAGAUCGUUGUACAGAACUUAAGCCGGGACGACGUUCACUCGGUGCUGACCUGCAACGCCACGAAUAACAAUAGGUCGAUUCCGCUGUCGUCAUCAGUUCGCGUAGACAUGCGUUUCAACCCCUUGGAAGUGAAAAUAAUUGACGGAAACCGGCCACUGUCGGCGGGCAAGAAAUACGAUCUGGUAUGCACAACUUCCGGUUCCAGACCACCAGCUAGCGUUACCUGGCGGAGGAACGGUCAACGCUUAGUGGAUUCCAAGGAGACCACCUCCGUCGAUGGGAACACGACCACCAGCGUUUUAUCUUUCAUGGCGACGAAAGCAGACGCAGGCAGACACUUGUCGUGUCAAGCUGAAAAUCGAAUCAUGGGAACUGCGCCGAUAGAGGACGGCUGGGUACUCCAGAUACAAUAUACGCCAGAGACGCAGAUCCAGCUCGGCACGUCGCUGAAUCCUAACACCAUACGCGAAGGCACGGAUGUCUACUUCGACUGUCUCAUACAGGCCGAGCCGUCGGUGUACAAGGUGGAAUGGCGACAUCAGGGCAAGGCACUCCAUCACAACAUCACGCAGGGCAUCAUAAUCAGCAACCAGAGUUUAGUGCUGCAGGGAGUUGAUCGUAAAAGCGCUGGCAAUUACACGUGCGUGGGAUACAAUACUGAGGGUGACGGCGAAAGCUCGCCUUUUUAUCUAAACGUGAUGUUCGCCCCUACGUGCAAGCCAAACCAGACGAAGGUCCACGGUGUAGCGAAACAGGAGAAGGCGAAUAUAUCCUGCCAAGUGGAUGCAAAUCCGCCGGAAGUGCAAUUCAAGUGGACCUUUAAUAACUCCGCCGAGAGUAUCGACGUUGCGGCCGGCCAUAUCGCGCGAGCUGGCACAUCCUCCAUCGUCUCAUACACACCAAUGACGGAAUUAGAUUACGGCACGUUACUCUGCUGGGCCAGCAAUCACAUCGGGCAACAACAAGUGCCCUGUGUAUAUCACAUUAUACCGGCGGGCCGACCAGACAUGGUUCACAAUUGCACGACCUCGAACACGUCGACCAACUCGUUUUCCGUGCGGUGCACGGAAGGGUUCAACGGCGGCUUGCCGCAAUCCUUUCUGCUGGAGGUGCGCGAGAGCAACAGCCAGGAGUUGCGUGCCAAUCUGACGUCGCCGGUGCCGCGCUUCAGCGUCACUCACUUGGAGUCCGGCGCCCUUUAUCAGGCCUGCAUUUACGCCUACAACGACAAGGGUCGUAGUGAGGCAAUGGUGGUGCAGGCCGGCACUUUAAGGCUACCGGAAAAACAACUGACGUCCGAGUCAGAACGACCGAGGCAGCAUGACAACUUGACACCGAUGUUGAGCGUGACGAUCGGCGUUGUGAUGGCUCUCAUUAUCGUCGCGGUUAUAGUGAUGGUCGUCUUACGGAUUCAACACACGCACGUAGAAGAGCAGAACAAGUCGCAGAUGGAGGAUCACGCGAAGCAGACGAAAGCCGUUCCCAUACAGAGGGAACUACGAUUCCGAGAGGGAUGCAGUUUGCUUGCGGACGAGAAGCAUCCCAGCAGUCCGUUUCGAAAGUUGGAAACCAGCGGUGAUCUCAGUGAAAGCGACGAGAAAAAUCCUGACAUUAUUCCACAGCAAAUUACUGGUGAUGAGCCGUCGGAAUAUUUAAGGAAGAGACGUCUGGUAUCAACGAUCGAGACGUCACCAUCAAGAAGCCUUCUGGAGCACUCAACGGUGACUUCUAUCAGCGGACACAGCAGUUACGUCGGAUAUUGCACGAUCCGCAAUGGUAUGCCACUGCACGAGUUCUCCAACUUGUCAACGAAGCACAAAAGCUUUCAGCCGAUGGUGGGUGACGUCUAUGAGAGCGGUAUGUGUACCUUACCCAGGCAACAUUGGCCCAGCCAGAGCGUUCAAUCGAUGUCGAUGACAAUGAGUCCUCCGAUAUUGUACGCCGGUCUGGGCGUCGUCACCAGGACCUGUCCGAGCGGCACGCUGCCGACGAAGGACUGUGAGACACGAGUGCCCGGUCAGUGUUGUCCAGCAAUCCAGACACAGAAGGACACGACGAUAGGCACGCCAGUGGUGAUGGCCAAGAGGGAGAGCUCUGUGUGACCCUACACCCACCACGGGGCCUGCACCUGCAGCGUGAGCGAGUUGCUGUGAAUCACGCCGUUGUCAAUCGCGAGAUAGCCGCGGAUCCUGGAUGACACGAGCGAUCCAGGAAACGUUCGGGAGAUGUCUACAGGUCACGCGAAAAUUGGAACGUCUUUUAGGAACGAAGCUUCAAUUUAAAUUCCGAAAGACGUUUGGACAAUCGUUAUUUAGAUCUGAAAAUUGAGAUGUCUUCUUUGAACGAUUUGUAGGGGGAUGUUUUCUUUUACCAAACUGGAAUGUCCCUCCGACGUCGCUUGUGUCGUCCGGAACGCUUGGGCGAGCCGGUUUGAGUUCGACAGAUUUAUGUUUCCACUCCAUGACAAACGUCACGAUUUGCGUCUCUCUGUUGAAUCAAGUGCCCUUUUUACACUGAAAAACGACAAAUAUCCUGACCGGCUGAUCUGCCGGCUUCUCUCAUCUCUUGUGCGUAGCCUCGUGAUCGAGCCCCGAUGGAACCAAGACGGGCACCUUAUAUGGUAGAGAGAGAGAGAGUGAAUUUACGAAAAUGUGCGUGUGCGCGAGCUCACCAGCUUGCCGCACAUACUUCUGUACAUACCUCGAGACACGGAAGAUAUUUUGUACGAGUCGCGUAUAUUAACGAUUUAUUCCCACUUUUACUAUGAACACAACACUGUACAAUUUGUCUAGUCGAUGUAAGUAUAAAUAUGUAUAUGCGUUAAAGUCGUCGGGGAGGCGUCAGACCAGAAUAACGUACACUGAGGGGGAUGAUCAUCACCGUCGCGUCACGCGGGUCACGCCGCACGCGCGAUAUAAUUAUUUAUAACGUUGACAAUGCGUAAAUGCGAAAUAGCGGGACUCUCGCGGGUACGGGAGAGAGAACGGGGGGAGGAGGGAAGGGGAGGGGAGAGGUGAAGUUGUCAGAGACAUAUCGUUUGUAUCUCUAUCCGCGGGAAUCGAGUACGAGACGAGGCGUACGAAGAGCAGCGAAGUAAUGAGACGAAAGACGAAGAAAGAGGAAAGAAUGAUGAAGAAGAAAAAAAUAAAAUAAAUCCCCGUUGCGCUUUCGUCUCAGUCUGCAGGAUUCUGGAUUUCACCGUAAUAUUAAGUAUCUCUUGUACAAUGUAUAAAGUAACGACUUCCUUCGAAGUAAAUGUACCGAGUACGAUGAACGUUGUUUUUUCAAAGUCUUGAAUCUUACUCUAUAUAGAGAGAUGCCCCCAAUUAAAAAAAAAAAAAAGUGUGGUACAGUAAUCGCGAUAGCACUUCUAACUUACUGCCUGUUUCGACGCUUGUGAAUCUCGUUGGUAACUUCAUUUGGCAGAGGUUUCUCGACCUCUCUGUAUCAUAUAGCUUUAAAAUGAAAAAAAAAGAAGAAGAGAAACGAAGGUUCGUCGAAGGGCGCCUCGUCAUAUCCUCCGUACGAUACAGGGAUAAUCUCAUCUCAUCGUUGAUUAGAACGGCUCGAGUCGCAUCUCUGACUACCAGGCUGCUAAUUCGCGAAAAGUAAGGUGAAAAUUGACCAUGUAGCCUUUCCCUUGAUAUCGAGCAGUCGAUUACUGGGCGGUGCAUUUCAGCUAUAUAUUAUUACGUGAGACGCGCGUCAGAAGUCUCUCCUUUUCGCGCGAAAUGAUAAUACCCCGUACUUUGCUUCGAUCUGUACAGAUUGAUUUUUCGCGUAUAGGAUUUACGCUCCAAGCACGCGACGAUCCUUCUGCGACUGCAAGGACUCACGUGAGACUCAGAGUGCCCUUCAUACAGCGUGAGAAGAAGAGAGAGAUCUUUCGAUGUUCACGUAUUAUAUCUAAAUAAGAUCGUCGUGUAUCUAAUCGUUCUAGAAUUCGAUAACAUAAUCGUAAUUAAUCCGAUGAUAAAUGAUCGCAAAUUUUUUCUGACGUUACAGCGCGUUUUUACGCUCUCUACGAAGCAGCAAUAUCGAUCUAGUUUAGAAAACUAGAACAGGAACACGAGACGAAACUCUUUCAAACGUGUUUCGAGAGCGCGAAAGUUAACAUAACUUUCUUCAUCGCAUUGUUCCUUUUACAUUUUAAUUAUUAAGCAUUAAAUAAUUUUCCGUCUCUUUAUAAGCGAGUUUUAUCUUCAAACGAAGUCACGAUUUCUGUCUCUUUUGACGCGGCCAAGUCAUCAAAAGCCAAAAGUUUCGAUGAAGCAGCACGGUAUUUGUCUACCAGAUCGAAACUUCGCGUAAAUUGACUAUAAAGGGAAUGUAGGUUGUGACUGUUUGCAGUCGCGUCGUCGUUGCAGUCUGUUAUACGUGCUUGCAAAUGAAUAUGCAUAGAAGACGGUCCUCACACACGGACGAAGCAUCCACGUUUCAGUGGGAAACGACAGGUGAUUAUCGAGGAUACUUAGCGAAUUAUUCGAUGUGUAAGGAAUGUAGAAAACGGCGAAGUCGAAGAUUUUAUGAGCCGUAAAAAGCUAUCACGAGAAUUUCUAGGGCGAACACGUUGUUUUCUCAAUCGCUUAGAUGUUACGUUAACGCGUCGCUCCCGUGAAGAAGAUCUAUUAACAUUUAAAAAAAAAAUGAGAUGAAUCGUUGAUUAUUAUUAUUACUGCCAUUAAUGGAAUUGAUGUCGGAACAUUGUGAGUGUAUGUUGUCGAAGAGAAUUUUUAGUAAUCGUUGAUACGCAAUUGAUACGCGCGUUCCUCCCCCUCCUCCCUCCCUCCCCCUCCCCUUGUUAUAACUUUUGCACACACAUAGAGAUUGUAGCCGUAUACAAUAUAAAAGAACGUUGCAACAAAGAGAUUCUACGAUCCGACGACGGGGAAAUGUCACAGAAACGAAAAAACGUACAAUAAAACCUGGAUCCAAACUGCCAAAGUUUUCUAUACUUCGUUCGUACAUAUAUGAUAUCACUAUAUACGCCCACUAUGAGAAAAGGUGUGAACUUUUUAAUAAAUAAUAAAUAGAUUUUUUUUCUAACGAAAGACACACGAUUGUCUGAGAAAAUAUAUUUAUUAAUUCCAUUUUAUCAACACGUUUAAUUAAAUCCGAGGAAACAUCACAAGAGGAAAAGAAGAAAGAAAGAAAGAAGAUAAGUCAUCAUUUUUCCGCAUUUUGCUUGCGAGACAGUUGGUUUCCAGGGCACAUUUCUACUUUUCGCUGUUUCCGGUGAUCCGGAACCUUUCGGCCAUCGAACGCGUCGCGAGGCAUAAUAUCGCAAGGCGGUGGCCAAACAUUAUUAUCUGCAAAACGAUUAAACGAUAUUUGUCAGCCAGCACUGGAAGAUUAACGUGAGUGUCGAUGUUCAAUCGCGCAUGAAUCGUACAGUUAAUUCUCAGUGAAAACAUGAUAUCGACGUCGAUUGCACUCAGUGUAACUUAAGUAUCGAUCGAAAAAUGAGACAUGUCAAGAGGACUUUGUUUUUUUUGUUAAUUUUUUUUUUAAGGUAAGAAUGCAUUUUGCUGCACUGUUCCGUAUGCGUCACUGCCUGUAUAUCGUAAUAAUGAGACCGGAUCUGACCAGCCGCCGCUUGCGCGAGACAACAUUGAAGUUUGUAUAUGUACUUAGUUUAGGACUAUCUCCGACAUACACACAUACAUACACACACCAUACACACGAGUCUCAUGUACCCCAGAACGUUUUUUUGAUAUUGUAAAUAUUCUGAAAUAAAUAAUCGUUUUUAUUCA